UGGCUAGCCCCACCUCCAGGCACAGAGGCCCUCUCGCCGCCUGCGGCUCCAGCCGCACUGCCCCGAUGGCUCCCGACCCCCAUGGCUGCCGCAUCCUGCUGCUGCUCUUCUGCUGCCUGGCGGCUGCCCGGGCCGACCUGCUGAACCUGAACUGGCUUUGGUUCAAUAAUAAGGACACCAGCCACGCAGCUACCACGAUCCCUGAGCCCCAGGAGCCCCUGCCUGUGCAGCCCACAGCAGACACCACCACACACGUGGCCCCCCGGAAUGGUUCCACAGAGCCAGCAACAGCCCGUGGCAGCCCUGAGCCACCCUCAGAGCUCCUGGAAGACAGCCAGGAUACCCCCACUUCUGCCGAGAGCCCGGACACGCCGGAGGAGAACAUUGCUGGUGUCGGAGCCAAGAUCCUGAACGUGGCCCAAGGCAUCCGGAGCUUCGUCCAGCUGUGGAAUGACACUGUCCCCACUGAGAGCUUGGCCAGGGCGGAAACGCUGGUCCUUGAGACUCCCGUGGGCCCCCUUGCCCUCCCUGGGCCUUCCAGCACCCCACAGGAGAAUGGGACCACUCUCUGGCCCAGCCGUGGCACUCCCAGCUCUCCGGGCGCCCACACGACCAAGGCUGGCACCCUGCCUGCACCCACCCCAUCGCCUCCCUCCCUGGGCAGGCCCUGGGCACCACUCACGGGGCCCUCAGUGCCACCACUGUCCUCAGGUAGAGCUUCUCUCUCCUCCUUGCUGGGCGGGGCCCCUCCCUGGGGAAGCCUGCAGGACCCAGACAGCCAAGGACUCUCACCCGCCGCAGCCGCUCCCAGCCAGCAUCUCCAGCGCCCUGAUGUCCGCCUGCGCACGCCACUUCUGCACCCCCUGGUGACGGGCUCCCUGGGCGAGCACGCGGCCCCCUCUGCCUUCUCCUCUGGGCUCCCGGGCGCACCGUCUCAGGUCGCAGUCAGCACUUUAAUCGGGGACAGUGGUGCUUGGGUCUCCCACGCGGCUAACUCUGCGGGGCCGGGUCUUGCUAAUAACUCUGCCCUGCUCGGGGCUGACCCCAAGGCCCCUGCCGGUCGCUGUCUGCCCCUGCCGCCCUCCCUGCCGGUCUGCGGCCGCCUGGGCAUCUCACGCUUCUGGCUGCCCAACCACCUCCACCACGAGAGCGGCGAGCAGGUGCAGGCCGGGGCGCGGGCGUGGGGGGGCCUGCUGCGGACGCACUGCCACCCCUUCCUCGCCUGGUUCUUCUGCCUGCUGCUGGCCCCCCCAUGCGGCAGUGUCCCGCCGCCCGCCCCGCCACCCUGCCGCCAGUUCUGCGAGGCCCUGCGGGAUGCGUGUUGGAGCCGCCUAGGCGGGGGCCAGCUGCCUGUCGCCUGUGCCUCACUCCCGACCCAGGAGGACGGGUACUGUGUGUUCAUUGGGCCGGCUGCAGAGCGCGUCAGCGAGGAGGUGGGGCUGCUGCAGCUCCUUGGGGACCCCCCGCCCCAGCAGGUCACCCAGACGGAUGACCCCGACGUCGGGCUGGCCUACGUCUUUGGGCCAGAUGCCAACAGUGGCCAAGUGGCCCGGUACCACUUCCCCAGCCUCUUCUUCCGCGACUUCUCACUGCUGUUCCACAUCCGGCCAGCCACAGAGGGCCCAGGGGUGCUGUUUGCCAUCACGGACUCGGCGCAGGCCGUGGUCUUGCUGGGCGUGAAGCUCUCUGGAGUGCAGGACGGGCACCAGGACAUCUCCCUGCUGUACACGGAACCAGGUGCAGGCCAGACCCACACAGCCGCCAGCUUCCGGCUCCCCGCCUUCAUCGGCCAGUGGACACACUUAGCACUCAGCGUGGAGGGUGGCUAUGUGGCCCUCUACGUGGACUGUGAGGAGUUCCAGAGAAUGCCGCUUGCUCGGUCCUCACGGGGCCUGGAGCUGGAGCCUGGCGCCGGGCUCUUCGUGGCUCAGGCGGGAGGAGCGGACCCUGACAAGUUCCAGGGGAUGAUCGCUGAGCUGAAGGUGCGCGGGGACCCCCAGGUGAGCCCCAUGCACUGCCUGGACGAGGAAGGCGAUGACUCAGAUGGGGCAUCCGGAGACUUUGGCAGCGGGCUUGGGGACGCCCGGGAGCUUCUCAGGGAGGAGAUGGGCGCGGCCCUAAAACCCAGGCUCCCCACGCCACCCCCGGUCACCACUCCACCCUUGGCUGGAGGCAGCAGCAUGGAAGAUUCCAGAAGUGAAGGAAUUGAGGAGCAGACCACGGUGGCUUCGUUAGGAGCUCAGACACUUCCUGGCUCAGAUUCUGUCUCCACGUGGGACGGGAGUGUCCGGAACCCUGGGGGCCGCAUGAAAGAGGGCGGCCUGAAGGGGCAGAAAGGGGAGCCAGGUGUUCCAGGCCCACCUGGCCGAGCAGGCCCCCCAGGAUCCCCAUGCCUGCCUGGUCCCCCGGGUCUCCCGUGCCCAGUGAGUCCCCUGGGUCCUGCAGGCCCAGCGUUGCAACCUGUCCCCGGACCACAAGGACCCCCAGGGUCUCCGGGGAGGGAUGGCACCCCUGGAAGGGACGGCGAGCCGGGCGACCCUGGUGAAGACGGAAAGCCGGGCGACACUGGGCCACAGGGCUUCCCCGGGACUCCAGGGGACAUAGGCCCCAAGGGCGACAAGGGAGACCCUGGGGUUGGAGAGAGAGGGCCCCCAGGACCCCAAGGGCCUCCGGGGCCCCCAGGACCCUCCUUCAGACACGACAAGCUGACCUUCAUUGACAUGGAGGGAUCUGGCUUCGGUGGCGAUCUGGAGGCCCUGCGGGGUCCUCGAGGCUUCCCUGGACCCCCCGGACCCCCUGGUGUCCCAGGCCUGCCCGGCGAGCCAGGCCGCUUUGGGGUGAACAGCUCCGACAUCCCAGGGCCCGCCGGCCUUCCUGGUGUGCCUGGGCGCGAGGGUCCCCCCGGGUUUCCCGGCCUCCCGGGACCCCCAGGCCCUCCGGGAAGAGAAGGGCCCCCAGGAAGGACUGGGCAGAAAGGCAGCCUGGGUGAAGCAGGUGCCCCAGGACAUAAGGGGAGCAAGGGAGACCCCGGUCCUGCUGGUGCUCGUGGAGAGAGCGGCCUGGCAGGAGCCCCUGGACCCGCUGGACCACCAGGCCCCCCUGGGCCCCCUGGGCCACCAGGACCAGGACUCCCCGCUGGAUUUGAUGACAUGGAAGGCUCCGGGGGGCCGUUCUGGUCAACAGCCCGAGGCGCUGAUGGGCCGCAGGGACCCCCCGGCCUGCCGGGACUCAAGGGGGAUCCUGGCGUGCCUGGGCUGCCGGGGGCGAAGGGAGAAGUUGGAGCAGACGGAGCCCCUGGGUUCCCCGGCCUCCCUGGCAGAGAGGGCAUUGCUGGGCCCCAGGGGCCAAAGGGAGACAGAGGCAGCCAGGGAGAAAAGGGAGAUCCAGGGAAGGACGGAGUCGGGCAGCCGGGCCUCCCUGGCCCCCCCGGACCCCCGGGGCCUGUGGUCUACGUGUCGGAGCAGGACGGAUCCGUCCUGAGCAUGCCGGGACCUGAGGGCCGGCCGGGUUUCGCAGGCUUUCCCGGACCUGCAGGACCCAAGGGCGACCUGGGCUCUAAGGGCGAACGAGGCUCCCCGGGACCCAAGGGUGAGAAGGGUGAACCGGGCAGCAUCUUCAGCCCCGAUGGCGGUGUCCUGGGCCCUGCGCAGAAAGGAGCCAAGGGAGAGCCGGGCUUCCGAGGACCCCCGGGUCCAUAUGGACGGCCGGGGUACAAGGGAGAGAUUGGCUUUCCUGGACGGCCGGGUCGCCCCGGGAUGAACGGAUUGAAAGGAGAGAAAGGGGAGCCGGGAGAUGCCAGCCUUGGAUUUGGCAUGAGGGGAAUGCCCGGCCCCCCAGGGCCUCCAGGGCCCCCAGGCCCUCCAGGGACUCCUGUUUACGACAGCAAUGUGUUUGCUGAGUCCAGCCGCCCUGGGCCUCCAGGAUUGCCAGGGAAUCAGGGCCCUCCAGGACCCAAGGGCACCAAAGGAGAAGUGGGUCCCCCCGGACCACCAGGGCAGUUUCCGUUCGACUUUCUUCAGUUGGAGGCUGAAAUGAAGGGGGAGAAGGGAGACCGAGGUGAUGCAGGACAGAAAGGCGAAAGGGGUGAGCCCGGGGGUGGCGGCUUCUUCGGCUCCAGCCUGCCAGGCCCCCCCGGACCCCCAGGCCCACCUGGCUACCCUGGGAUUCCAGGUCCCAAGGGAGAGAGCAUCCGGGGCCAGCCCGGCCCACCUGGACCUCAGGGACCCCCCGGCAUCGGCUACAAGGGGCGCCAGGGCCCUCCUGGCCCCCCAGGCCCCCCUGGCCCCCCAGGGCCCCCUUCAUUUCCUGGCCCUCACAGGCAGACUAUCAGCGUUCCCGGCCCUCCGGGCCCCCCUGGGCCCCCUGGGCCCCCUGGAACCAUGGGCGCCUCCUCAGGGCAGGUGAGGCUCUGGGCUACACGCCAGGCCAUGCUGGGCCAGGUGCACGAGGUUCCUGAGGGCUGGCUGAUCUUCGUGGCCGAGCAGGAGGAGCUGUACGUCCGCGUGCGGAAUGGGUUCCGGAAGGUCCAGCUGGAGGCCCGGACGCCACUCCCACGAGGGACGGACAACGAAGUGGCCGCCUUGCAGCCCCCCGUGGUGCAGCUGCACGACAGCAACCCCUACCCGCGGCGGGCACACUCCCACCCCACCGCGCGGCCCUGGCGGGCAGAUGACAUCCUGGCCAGUCCCCCUCGCCUGCCGGAGCCCCAGCCCUACCCAGGAGCCCCGCACCACAGCUCCUACGUGCACCUGCGGCCGGCGCGACCUACGAGCCCACCCGCCCACACCCACCGCGACUUCCAGCCCGUGCUCCACCUGGUUGCGCUCAACAGCCCACUGUCAGGCAGCAUGAGGGGCAUCCGCGGAGCUGACUUCCAGUGCUUCCAGCAGGCGCGGGCCGUGGGGCUGGCGGGCACCUUCCGCGCCUUCCUGUCCUCGCGGCUGCAGGACCUGUACAGUAUCGUGCGCCGCGCCGACCGUGCAGCGGUGCCCAUCGUCAACCUCAAGGACGAGCUGCUGUUUCCCAGCUGGGAGGCUCUGUUCUCAGGCUCUGAGGGUCCGCUGAAGCCCGGGGCACGCAUCUUCUCCUUUGAUGGCAAGGACGUCCUGAGGCAUCCCACCUGGCCCCAGAAGAGCGUGUGGCAUGGCUCGGACCCCAACGGGCGCAGGCUGACCGAGAGCUACUGUGAGACAUGGCGGACGGAGGCCCCCUCGGCCACAGGCCAGGCCUCCUCGCUGCUAGGGGGCAGGCUCCUGGGGCAGAAUGCCGCGAGCUGCCAUCACGCCUACAUCGUACUCUGCAUCGAGAACAGCUUCAUGACUGCCUCCAAGUAGCCACUGCCUGGAUGCGGAUGGCCCGAGAGGACGGGCGGCUCGGAGGAAGCCCCCACUGUGGGCAGGGAGCGGCUGGCCAGCCCCUGGCCCCAGGACCUGGCUGCCAUACUUUCCUGUAUAGUUCACGUUUCAUGUAAUCCUCAAGAAAUAAAAGGAAGCCAAAGAGUGUAUUUUUUUAAAAGUUUAAAACAGAAGCCUGAUGCUGACAUUCACCUGCCCCAACUCUCCCCUGACCUGUGAGCCCAGCUGGUGCGGCCUGGGUCAUGCAGCCUGGGUCAGGCAGGGUGCAGUAUCACACCCUGUGCAGCCUCUUGGCCUGAUCAGACCACGGCUUGAUUUCUCCAGGAUUUCCUGCUUUGGGAAGCCAUGCUCGCCCCAGCAGGUGUCGACUUCAUCUCCCACCUAGCAGCACCGUUCUGUGCACAAAACCCAGACCUGUUAGCAGACAGGCCCCGUGAGGCAAUGGGAGCUGAGGCCACACUCAGCACAGGGCCACCUGGGCUCUCCUGCAGGGUGUGUGCUCGCCCUGCGGUAGAUGGGAGGGAGGCUCAGGUCCCUGGGGCUAGGGGAGCCCCUUCUGCCUCAGCUCUGAGCCAUUCUCCACAGCAACCCCAGGCUGAAGCAGGUUUCCAAGCUCAGAGGCCCACUGUGACCCCCAGCUCUGGCCUGUCCUCCAGCACCACGCACAGCAGCCUGGGACUGGCCUCCCAAAUGAGCCAUGAGAUACAUCCAAAGCAGACAGCUCCAGCCUGGCCGAGUCCAAGCUGGGAGAUUCAAGGGACCCCUGAGUUGGGGUCUGGCAGCCUCCCAUCCAGGGACCCCAUCUCAUGCCCCUGGCUGGGACAUGGCUCAGCCAGCACUUGUCCAGCUGAGUGCCAGGAUAGAACAAGGCCACAUCGAAGAGGCUGAGGCUGGCACAGGACAUGCGGCAGCAGCGCACGGGGCAGUGAGGGAGGGCUGCCAUCUGUGCACUGCCCAUGGACAAGCUGGCUCCAGAUGCAGGGCAGUCAUUGGCUGUCUCCUAGGAAACCCACAUCCUUGCCCUCCUUGGGACUGAAGGGGACCCCCAGGGUGCACACAGGCCACCCUGAGGGUGAACAAAGCAGCCACGAGGUGCGACGAGGUCCUCUGCCACAGCCACCCCUGAGAUCCAGCAACAUCGACCCCAGAGUCAUUCACUCUGUGGAGGGACAAGUGGACUCAAGACAGCGCCAGGCUGACCACAGCACGGCCAACACGCACCUGCCUCGGGACUGCAACGAAACCGGUGAGGCUGGUUCUGUAAUUGUGUGUGAUGUGAAGCCAAUUGAGACAGGGAAAUAAAAGUGACCUUUUACACUGA